AUGGCGGAUGGCGAAGUUCACGCGUACGAUGCGAUGGGCACAUUUGUUCAGAGACUACAUAUGGUUUGCUUGGAAAAUGUGGAACUCGAAGCAGCACUGAACAAAGAUUUGCGUCGUGACACAAUUGUUUCCAUGGAAUGGUUUGUGCCGGUCUAUGCUUUUGAUGACCAGCAGGUAAAACUUUUAGUGCGUAAGCCAAAUGCAUCCGUUUAA